CCACAAAACAAUAACAUGAGUCAGAGUCACAGUCAUCGCCUUGCAGCACAGGCUGCACCCCCACCGGACUACAGUAUCCAGCAGGCAGCGCCAGCAGCUUCCGGCGUGGCGUAUGUCAGGCCUCUCUCUGCCCUCAGUCACAUCCGCUCUGCUCCCCGGACUUCCCGUUACUCUCUAGUGGACGGAUCCAUGGCCGCCGCCGGGACCCUACCUCCCCGACUGGGCUCUGGGCAUCGGCGGGUGGAGAACAUACUGAGCCAGGUGCGGCGGGGACAGCUGACCGGGCGAGGCCUCAUCCGAGGCUCCCAGAUCACUGAGGAGCUUCUGAAAGAAAGAGACAAACAGGCUAAAUGGAACAGUAUUCCUCUGCUUCUGCACAAGUUAUAUGAAGGCAGCCACCCCAACAGUGAUUUCUCUCCAUGCCAGGGCAUCCUGAAGGAAAUUUCUCCUCUGCUUUCUAUGGAAGCGAUGGCAAUUGUGACCGAUGACAAGAAGUCUAGUCCUGAAUUCCCCUUUCCAAACACCUACAUCUUUGAUUUAUUUGGUGGUGUUGAUCUGCUUGUGGAGAUUCUCAUGAGACCAAGCCUCUUUCCUCAGAAGAAGAAACAGAAAAUCAGCGAUGAGUUGAUCAAAGAUUGCUUGAGCAUCCUGUACAACACCUGCAUAUGUACAGAAGGGGUCACCAAGCGUUUGGCAGAACGGAACGAUUUUGUGCUUUUCCUGUUCACGUUGAUGACCAACAAAAAGACCUUCCUGCAAACAGCAACUCUCAUUGAAGACAUCCUUGGCGUCAAAAAGGAGAUGAUCCAACUAGAAGACAUACCCAAUCUCGGAAGUUUAGUGUCGAGUUUUGAUCAGCAGCAGCUAGCAAACUUCUGUAGGAUUCUCUCUGUAACUAUAUCAGAGCUGGACACUGGAAAUGAUGAUAAAUACACCUUGCUUGCUAAAGACGCCCAGCAGAGGAAAACCCAGAACCCAUCGAGAGCAGAAGUAAAUCAAGCCACUCUUUUGAACAUCCCUGGAUUUAUUGAAAGGUUGUGCAAACUUGCUACACGUAAAGUUUCGGAGUCCACGGGUACGACAACCUUCCUGCAGGAGCUAGAGGAGUGGUACACAUGGCUGGACAAUGCCUUAGUGCUCGAUGCUUUGAUGCGUGUGGCUCAUGAAGAAACAGAACAGAGUGGAACAGAAUCAUCUGAUGAAAGUGGCUUGGCUAAUCCUUCCUCCAGAACGCAGCUCCCACAGUCCAUGAAGAUCAUGCAUGAAAUCAUGUACAAAGUAGAGGUUCUGUAUGUGCUCUGUGUCUUGCUGAUGGGACGGCAGAGGAAUCAGGUCCAUAAAAUGAUAGCAGAGUUUAAAUUAAUUCCAGGCCUAAAUAAUCUAUUUGACAAGCUAAUAUGGAGAAAGCAUUCUGCAUCCACCCUGGUUCUCCAUGGACACAACCAGAACUGUGACUGCAGCCCAGAUAUUUCCUUAAAGAUACAGUUUUUAAGACUGCUCCAAAGUUUCAGUGAUCACCAUGAGAACAAAUAUUUGCUUCUAAACAGCCAAGAACUGAAUGAACUGAGUGCCAUAUCUCUAAAAGCCAACAUCCCAGAGGUAGAGGCUGUGCUGAAUACUGACAGGAGCUUAGUUUGUGAUGGGAAAAAAGGCUUAUUAACCAGGUUGCUACAGGUCAUGAAAAAGGAGCCUGCAGAGUCUUCCUUCAGGUUCUGGCAGGCCCGGGCUGUUGAAAGUUUCCUACGUGGUGUAACUUCUUAUGCGGACCAGAUGUUUCUAUUGAAUAGAGGCCUGUUAGAGCACAUCCUCUACUGUAUCGUGGACAGCGAGUGCAAGUCCAGAGACGUCCUUCAGAGUUACUUUGAUCUCCUAGGGGAGCUGAUGAAAUUCAACAUGGAUGCAUUCAAGAGAUUUAACAAAUAUAUAAAUACAGAUGAAAAGUUCCAGAUUUUCCUGAACCAGAUUAACAGCUCCUUAGUGGACUCAAACAUGCUAGUGAGAUGCAUCGCUUUGUCUCUGGACCGGUUUGAGAGCCAGUUAGAUGACGUCAAAGUUGCAGAAAUUCUGUCAGAGUGUCGAUUGCUGUCCUAUAUGACACAGGGCUCCAUCCGAAUGUCGUUUCUUUUCCGGCUAGUUAAUAUCAUUCAUGUGCAGACGUUGACACAGGAGAAUGUCAGCUGCUUGAACACGAGCCUUGUCGUCUUAAUGCUGGCCCGGAGGAAAGGCCGGUUACCCUGCUACCUGCAGACUAUCCGAGACAUGGAAUGCAUGGAGAAAUACCCAGGCUUCAUACUCAACAACUUCCACAGUCUCCUACGAUUCUGGCAACAGCAUUACCUCAACAAGGAUAAAGACAGCACUUGUUUAGAAAAUAGUUCAUGUAUCAAUUUCAGCUACUGGAAAGAGACUGUAUCUGUACUGUUAAACCCAGAUAGGACAUCACCAUGUGCCAUAGUAAGCUACAUAGAUGAGGCAUAUAUGGAUGUGGACAAAGAAUUUCUGGAGGACUAACCCUAUUGGGUACUUUUUGUUCUGUACGGACAACUAUUACAGAUGGUAUUUCAGUGAGCGCGGAUACCCAGGGAUUUAUUGUGUGUAUUUGUCACGGGAUUUUCAGUGCACACGGAAUACACCAUGCCCAGCAUUACCCACUGAUGCCACUCUGCAGGGUAUACUAUAUCUGUGCAAUACGUUCAGGGACGUCAUCAUCCAAUUAACACUGUUCUUUUAUGUUUUGAAGGGGAGGAGAAAAGGCUUUAAUGUUUAAUUUCUUGCCUGGUUACGCCUCAUGAAAUUCAUUGUUAAUUUCGUAAUACAUCUAGAAUCUGUUCUUAUCAUUGUGACUGUUCUAAGAAAUGUUUUUGUGAGAAGAAGAAAACCAUAUCGUAGCCAUAGUCACCUAGGAGGACUCCGAUACUUCUGUGGUGACUUGUCGUCUUCCCAUUUCCACUAAUGUAACGAGAAGCAAGCUGUCAGAAACCAGCAAUAAUGAUGCCAAGAAUAUGCAGAAACUGCGAGCAAAAAUCUCAUCAUAAUUGUAGUGUCUAACCUUUAUUGCUGUUAUGGUAGACUUUUGUCACACCAGUAGUCGUUAAAGGACGUUAAACCCAGGAUUCAACUAAAUUAUUUAUUUUUUUCAUUGCCACUUCUAAUGCAGAAAAAACCCCUUGGUAACACACUAUAUAUACGGUUUGCAGUUCUUUUUCUAUGCAUUUGCAUGAUGAACAGUUGGCACUUUUUAUCUUAUCCCUUUCCUACCAGUUGCUGUUUGCUUUUUGAGAUCUCAUGUAUACUUUAGUGUGAGGCUUGGCAAAGCAGCCAGCAAUAUACUCUUGCAGCUUCAUGAACACCCUUUACGUUACACGUGCUUACUGGCAGAGAGUAAAACUACCAAGUCACCUGAUAUCUGUGCACAAUUAUGGUGCACUGUCUGUCAAUGCUCAGAGAGGGGGGUGUUGCGACCCUCUUAUUUUUGCAGCACACAAUGUGUUUAUUUAUUUUUUUACAUGUUUAAUGACCAGAUGGUAAUUUCCCAAAUAAUUAAAUUUGUUGAAUUUCCAUGCACUAUGAACCUUGAUUUUAACGUAGCAUUUGUCUGGCUUGUAGAAGAGGUCCCAUCUAAAUACACACUGUUGGAGCUAUAUUGUCCUGCUAUAGUGGUUUUUUUGUGUUUUGUCUGUUUGUUUUUGGAAUCUAUAUUGACAACGGAAUUUAUGUUGGCAGAUAAACUAUACAGUUUUUUUUAUCCCCAUUGGUUAUAUUUGUAUUUCAUCUGCUGGUACCAAAUGUGGUGGUACUAUUAAAACUGCUGAGGUCCUUUAACCAUCAUGCACAUGUAAGCCUGAUCCAUUUUUAAUAUCACAUUUGAAUGGGUAAAUGUUAUUGUGCUAUUUUUUUAAACUGCUUUACCCUUUCUCCAAUGUGUCUUUUAGUGUGAGUAAAAAAAAUGCAUUUUAUAUUGUGUUUUUUUUUUUUGUUUUUUUUUUGUAGCUUCAGAUUUUGAUCUUUUCUGAUUGUUGAUAGGAAACUAAUAUUAAUCUAUGUCGAUUAGAUCGGUAUAAUCCAAAAACACAGCCUAUCAACUCUCACCUGGGUUCUCCCGAUAUGUCAGACAUUUUGUCCCAGUUACUGUAUUUGUGAAUGGAAAUCAAUGACUUAUUUGGAGUUUUAAUUCUAAUGGAAAAGCAUUGGCUGUCUGUUACUGUGUAAUACUUGACGAGCCACACAAUUACCCAUGAAGCAUUCUAUAUGACCCUUCCAGGAGUCAUAUUAAUGUUUUAUAAACAGGUAUUGCCUAUCUGCAAAGGGUCUAUACAUUCACUUUUCAUCCUGAUGUUUGCUUUUAGACCCAAUGAAUAUAUAUAUAAAUAAACGGUGACUUAGAAAUGGUGUAAAUAAAAGUUUCUUUUAACUUAAAUUUAUAA